CAGUCUUGCAGCCAGGGAGACAGACAGUUGCUGUUGACAGUCUGCUGCGUGGCAUGCUGUGGAGGGUCCGCAAAAAUGAGUUUUCUAAUGCGAUUUUGUGCUUUUGUAGUGAAUGUGCUGUGCGUGCCCCUGCACCUGAUGGAAGCGGUCGGUCUGUACAAAAUAUACAAACGCCUCUUCCCGAUUUGUUUAUAUCGGAUUUCAAUCACGUACAACAAGAAAAUGUACGACAAGAAGAAGGAGCUGUUUCGCAGUCUGUCAGAGUUCACCAAGCCCGGCGGUCAGCUCACACUUCUGGAGAUCGGCUGUGGCACCGGCACUAACUUUGAGUUUUACCCGCCCGGUUGCAAGGUGAUCUGCACCGACCCGAACCCCCAUUUCCAUAAGUAUCUGCAGAAAGGCAUGGCCGAGAAUGACCACCUCACUUUUGAGAGGUUUGUGGUGGCAUCGGGGGAGGACAUGGGGUCAGUUGAGGACGAAUCGGUAGACGUUGUUGUCUGCACCCUGGUGCUCUGCUCUGUCAGCAGCAUACCGCAAACUCUGCGUGAGGCUCACCGCAUACUGAGGCCAGGCGGCGCCUUCUUUUUCCUUGAGCAUGUUGUGGCAGACUCCUCCACUUGGUCAUACUUCUUCCAGCAUGUUCUCCAGCCUGUGUGGUACUACUUUGGCGAUGGCUGCGAGGUCACCCGAGAAACAUGGAAACACCUGGAGGCAGCUGGAUUCUCCGAACUCAAAAUGAGACACAUCGAAGCGCCGCUAGUCUUUGUGAUCAGACCGCACAUCGUAGGUUAUGCUGUGAAAUAGAUUCUGAUCCAGAGGGUCUGCUUAAGCUUUGUAACUUCUGUCUAAUAACCAGUGUGUGAAUAUGCCAAGCACUAAAUGCCUCUCCUCUGUGAUGUGAUUGAUCACCAGUGAUAGAGAUAGUACCAGUCACUUUUGUACUAAUUUUAUUUUUGUAUUUGAAAAAACAAACAAACUAAUGUCUUUGUUUGGUAAAGGCAAAUUAUUUUAACACACUGAUAAAAAUCGUACAUAGACAGCACACAGUUUGCUUGCAGUUUAAAGGUCCAGUGUGUAGGAUUUAGUGCCAUCUAGCGGUGUAGUUGCAGAUUGCAACCCCCGCGUCUCACUCGCACCUUUGUGUGUAGGAGAAACUACGGUGGCCAUAAAAAAUUGAAAGAUCAAGUGUUGGAUUUGUCGUUCUGGGCUACUGUAGUAACAUAGUAGUUCAACAUGGCGGUCUCUUUAGAGAGGACCCGCUCCCUCCGUAGAUCAAUUCUAAGGUAAAGAAAACCUGAUUGUUAAAUUCAGGUGAUUAUGCACUAAUCAAAAUAUGAAUAUUAUAUUCCGUUUCUGCCAGUAGAUCCUCAUAAAUGUUACACACUGGACCUAAAUAUAUCUCAGUGUCUAUUUCAUCUUCUACCCAUUGUUCUCCAAUCUCCUAGUUGCUUGCUGAAAACAUAAAUCAAUAUGAUACUGCCAUUUCUGUCGACAGGUUUUUAUCUGUGCUACUUUAUUUGUACGUUUUAUUGACAGUUGUGAAACUAAAAAUAGAUAUUUUUGCUGUGAUUGAGCUGAUUGUGUUAGUGAUUAAAGAGUUUAAUCCCGC